UUCUACGGUCCUUCUUCAGGCUACACCGAAAGAUGUUUAAAAUACAGAAAUACAUUUUGGCUGACGUAUCAUAGUAACACUGACUUCAUGUUUGUUUCUAAUUUCACUGGGCGUAGUAAGCAUAAUCCAUUCACAUAAGUAACACACAGAUGUAAAUUCAUGCGUAAAUGUGGACUCUCGUUUCAUUACAUCAAAUCAAAGUCCUUGCUUAUUAAUUAAUCUAAUUAAUUGCACGACAUACCUCAAUGGCGCACAUAUACUUCCACAAGCUAUGCAGUUUUACUCGUUUUACUGUGGGAACCCCCCGCCGAAGAGACAAAAAUCGUCCAACGGAAAUUUAAGAUCCUCUGAUUGGCUCACACUUACGCGAUUUGAUUGAAUGCGAUAGGUGUAUAAUGAUCGAUUCCAGUCAUUACCAGACUACGUAGUUCAUGUAAAUGUUCUUAGAUGGCUGGUCUGCAUGUUUCCCUCUCCCCUAUGGCAGUUACACCCCCCUGGCUACGAAGGAGGGCUGUGUGAAGGGUGUGAAGGUUCUAUCAGAGUCUGAAGUGUGAAAUUUCAAGGCGUUACGAAAGAGGAGGACAGUAAAUCAUCAAACGGUACCCUGAAGAGCGAGGGCGAAGAUCAGCAGUUGAGUGAUACUAGUGAGAAGAAGUGUACCCGCUGUGGUCGUGGUUUCUAUUUAACAAUGGACGGGAAAUAUGUGACUCAAGAAAAAUUUAUUUAUCACUGGGGCAAGUUAGAGAAGGCAGUGGCGCCCCAGCCCCACAAGGUCAUUGCCGUCGGUGCUGUGAGAACUAGAAGACAGCUGUGGAGGUUCCUGGGGCAUACUUCUCAGUUCAGAAGUGAGGCUACCAGUGCCAUUGCUAAGGAAGACAUUUUGCAUGGAGACCAGGUAUCAGCUGAAGUCAUGGGCAGUGGUGUCCAUGCCUAUCUUUGCACUAAUGAGCUUUCUUGGCAAGACAAGGGGACCAACACAAAGCAGCGGAUUGUGAGCAGUGAGAGUGUCUGUUCAGGUGUGGCAGUCCUCAGCAGCAUCAGAAGAGAGAAAGAUAUGGUCACAUCUUCAGAUUUAUCACACUCACUUAACAGGCAGACAUUUGUUGUGUGGUGAUCUGCCACCCAAUUGUCUGCAGUGUAGUGCACUCUGUACUGUUCCUGAUAUAUAAUGAAUGUCACACAUUUCACUGCAUCCUUGACAAUGAACACAGUGGCAUGUAUGACAGUCUGGCAUUCAUAAACAGUAUGGGUCUUGCAAAGUAUGAGGCCUGAUCAGAAGGUAGCGUCUGCUGAGCUGUUGGCAAAGCAAGCAAUUUGAAAGAAUGCUAUUUUAUACAAAGGAAAUAUCUACAUAUUUAAUCUGCUCCCUCUACAUCGUCGCCCCUGGAAUUGGGUCCCUUGUGGUAUCAGGGAUUGGCUUUUUGUUUCGCUGUGUUGGGGAAGUCUGGCUGUAGCUCAGCCACAUGUUGACCUGUUUCAUCAGCUGCUCAUUAUGGCUGAAGCACUGUGAUCUCACCUAGUUCUUCAGAUAGAUAAGCAGGUGGUAGGUUCUUUGAUUGAGAUUAGGGCUGUAAGGAGGGUAGUCUAACAAUUCCCAUUCAAAAUGGUCCAGAAGUGCUAGAGAGUGUGAGAGAGAGAGAGAGUGUGUGUGCGUGCGUGCGUGUGUGUUAUCAUGGAGAAGAACUACAGCAGAUGUCAUUCAAUAUCCUUUGUUCUGUAAGGCCUUGUGCAGUUUUUGUAGUGUUUCAUGAUAUGAAAUGUGGCUGAGCUCACAGGCGGCGGAUUUCUUUGGCACAGGCUUGGAGAAACUUGUUCCCUUAUAUGGCACGUGCCUCAGUUCUGGUGGUGACAACGUUGAGAGGUAGCUUCGGUAUGUAUGUAUUUUUUUGUCUGUAAUCAUUUUUUCCUCAUUGCUUGUUUUGUUGGCCACUCACAGGAGGUUAUUUUCCGAAUAGCCCUUUCAUAUAUAGGGGUACAUGGUAGCGUAGUUGGUUGAGGCACUAUGCUACAAGCCAGACGGUUUCGGGGUCGAGUCUCAAUGUGGUGGACUUUGUCAAUUGACCUAUUCAUUCUAACUGCACUAUGGGCCUGUCUUUGACUCAGCCUCUAACAGAAAUAUGUACCAGGAAUAUUCCUGGGGGGUGGAGGGUGGCCGCCGUGUAAGGCUGAAAACCUUACCGCCAUCUUUGAGCCAAUUAUCUACAUAAUGUGGAACCCUGAACGUCUGACAAUCCUGUGGACCUCUCUGGCCUGUUACAGGGAUAGCUUUACUUUUACCUUACCUUUACCAUUUCAAAUGCUAUCAGGCAUCAAGAAUGCUGAGUCAGUGGCAAAACUUGCAUGCAUCCCUCAGCAUAUUGGUCACUGCAAAGGGCAGGGCUGCGAACUUGUCAAUCUGCUUGAAAUUCUCCCUGUAUUUUGUCCUCUGAUUUACUUAUCAAUUUAUAAUAGUGUGGUCUCUCCUCUUCUUUUAUUACAUUUUCUGAAUAGUGCAGUAUUUCUUAUAGUAUGAUGAUUUCAGCCUAUUGUCGCCUGAUUUUGUUAGUGUACUAUUCGCAGUCAGUAUAGUGACUGCCUAUGUGUUACAUGACUGAAGGUUCAGAGUUCAAGUCCUGACAGUCAAGAAUUUUCUUUUUUCCACGUUGUCCAGACAGACUCUGGGGCCUACCCAGC